UCAGCAACUACAAGUAACCUACAACAACCUACAACCACAAGUAACCUACAGCAACCUACAACCACAAGUAACCUACAGCAACCUACAACCACAAGUAACCUACAACAACCUACAACCACAAGUAACCUACAGCAACCUACAACCACAAGUAACCUACAGCAACCUACAACCACAAGUAACCUACAGCAACCUACAACCACAAGUAACCUACAGCAACCUACAACCACAAGUAACCUACAACAACCUACAACCACAAGUAACCUACAGCAACCUACAACCACAAGUAACCUACAACAACCUACAACCACAAGUAACCUACAGCAACCUACAACCACAAGUAACCUACAGCAACCUACAACCACAAGUAACCUACAACAACCUACAACCACAAGUAACCUACAGCAACCUACAACCACAAGUAACCUACAGCAACCUACAACCACAAGUAACCUACAGCAACCUACAACCACAAGUAACCUACAACAACCUACAACCACAAGUAACCUACAGCAACCUACAACCACAAGUAACCUACAGCAACCUACAACCACAAGUAACCUACAACAACCUACAACCACAAGUAACCUACAGCAACCUACAACCACAAGUAACCUACAGCAACCUACAACCACAAGUAACCUACAGCAACCUACAACCACAAGUAACCUACAGCAACCUACAACCACAAGUAACCUACAACAACCUACAACCACAAGUAACCUACAGCAACCUACAACCACAAGUAACCUACAGCAACCUACAACCACAAGUAACCUACAACAACCUACAACCACAAGUAACCUACAGCAACCUACAACCACAA